UUCUUCCGAUCACAAUUCGGUCGUCCGUCCGCUCUGUCUUCGUGAGCAGGAAUUUACUGCUGAAGAUAAUCCGAGUUCGAACUCAACAGCUAUGAAUUCCAGAAGGGAUCGCAAUGCUAGAACUGCCCUGUUUGAUGGUAUUGAGGAAGGAGGUAUAAGGGCAUCGCCAUCAUACUCCAACCAUGAGAUUGAUGAACAAGAGAAUGAUAAAGCAGUGGAUGGGCUACAAGAUCGAGUUAGUCUGUUAAAAAGAUUAACAGGUGAUAUACAUGAGGAAGUUGAGGCCCACAACCGAAUGCUGGACAGAAUGGGAAAUGACAUGGAUGCCUCAAGAGGUGUUUUAUCUGGAACCAUCGAUAAAUUCAAGAUGGUGUUCGAGACCAAAUCAAACAGGAGGAUGUUCACACUGGUUGCAUCAUUUGUGGUGAUCUUUCUUGUUAUAUACUAUCUCACUCGAUGGUAUAUGGUGUGAUGAUGUAUGGUUGAAUGACAUGGUCUCUACCAUUUCAUUCAUAUAUACACCUCCUCAAGUAAGUACCACUCUCUUUGAGUCUCUCUCUCUCUCUCUCUCUCUUGCUAAAUAUUGAAAUGGAAACAUCGUUCCUAUUUUCAAAUGUGCUUUUAUUUUUUUCUGAAUACUAACAACCACUUUUGUAUGUCGACGCUAUCGUCUCACAUAUAUCUUUUGGAAUGCCCCCCUCAAGAUGGCUUCUCUAAUUCUCUAAUAAAUGUAUUCGACAAUAGUUAUAUUUAUUAUUUACAAAUAUAUUUUACCGACGA